GUCAAAAUGGAUCUCUACUACCACAUCAUUCCUCCGCCGAGCCGUGCAGUUCUAGUUUUGGCCAAAAUGUUAAACAUUAAGUUGAACCUGAUUUCCAUCGAUACGAGAGAUCCCAGCGAAAUGGACAUCUUGACCAAGGUCAAUCCCCUGCAAUCGCUCCCGACUUUGAUCGACGAUGGACAAAUCGUGGGUGAGUCCCACACUGUUCUCAUCCACCUGACUACCCAGUUUGACAAGAAAGGUACCCUCUACCCACCCGAUCUCAAGAUCCGCUCGGCCAUCAACGAGUGUCUCUUCUUCGACACCAACAUGUACAAAUGUUUCGUGUCCUAUUCGAUGCCAACGGUGAUCAAACGUCAGGAACCGAACCAGGAACUGCUGGAAAAACUUCUCGUUUGCAUCAGAGCGCUGGAUGUCUACCUGAAGGGUCGCACCUACGCCGCCGGCAAUAGGUUCACCCUAGCCGACCUGUCCCUGGCCCACACCAUAGCAUCGCUCGAGGUAAUCAAGGUCAAAUUGGCUGACUUUCCAAACAUCGAACGCUGGCUGCAAAAGGCACUUUCCGAGAUGCCCGAAUUCGGAGAAUUGCAUACACGUGCCGAGGAAGCUUUGCAUACGUUCCUCGCUAAGCAAUAUGGAGCCAACCGUGCUUAAGCUUCAAGCGCUUUUCCCUUAGUGUGUAUGGGAUGAC